AGGGCCACCCAGGCAAACAUGGCAGCCUCCAGCAAGUCGGGAAAGCUGCGGAUCCCCAGGGUUGCAAAGGUGAAAAACAAAGCCCCUGCUGAAAUACAGAUCACAGACGAACAGCUUUUAAGAGAAGCCAAAGAGAGAGAACUUGAGCUUCUGCCGCCCCCUCCUCAGCAGAUCAUCACAGGUGAAGAAGAACUUAGUGAUUAUAAACUGAGGAAAAGGAAGACUUUCGAGGACAAUCUCAGGAGGAACCGAACUGUGAUCAGUAACUGGAUCAAAUACGCCCAAUUGGAAGAGAAGCUGAAAGAAAUUCAAAGAGCCCGUUUCAUAUAUGAUCGGGCCUUAGAUGUCGACUACCGAAACGUCACGCUCUGGCUAAGAUACGCGGAGAUGGAAAUGAAGAAUCGACAGGUAAACCACGCCCAGAACAUCUGGGAUCGGGCUGUCACAAUUCUGCCCCGGGUCAGCCAGUUGUGGUACAAGUACACUUAUAUGGAGGAGAUGCUGGGAAAUAUUGCUGGAGGCCGCCAAGUUUUUGAACGCUGGAUGGAAUGGCAGCCCGAGGAGCAAGCCUGGCACUCCUACAUCAACUUUGAACUGAGGUAUAAAGAGGUGGAUCGGGCCCCGGGCUUUUACCAAAGAUUUGUCCUGGUGCACCCUGAUGUCAAGAACUGGAUCAAGUAUGCCCGCUUUGAAGAAAAACGUGGCUACUCUGCUCAGGCCAGGGAAGUGUAUGAGAGAGCUGUGGAAUUCUUUGGAGAGGAGGCCAUGGACGAACAUCUUGUGGCCUUCGCGAAGUUUGAAGAGAAUCAGAAAGAAUUGGAAAGGGCACGAGUGAUCUACAAGUAUGCCCUGGCCCGGAUUUCGAGGCAGGCGGCCCAAGAGCUCUCUAAACAUUACACAAUGUUCGAAAAGAAGUUUGGAGAGAGGCCAGGUAUUGAAGACAUCGUUGUGAGCAAACGGAGAUUCCAGUAUGAAGAGCAGGUGAGGGCUGAUACCCACAAUUACGAUGCCUGGUUUGAUUAUUUGCGCUUGGUGGAAAGCCACACGCAGGAACCAGACACUGUGAGAGAGGUGUAUGAAAGAGCCAUCGCCAACGUGCCACCCACCUCCGAGAAGAGGCACUGGAAACGCUACAUCUACCUCUGGAUCAACUAAGCACUCUAUGAAGAGCUGGAGGCAAAGGAUCUGGACUGGACCAGACAGGUAUAUCAAGCUUGUCUGAACUUGAUUCCUCACAAAGAGUUCACGUUUGCUAAACUGUGGCUGCUGUAUGCCCAGUUUGAAAUGAGGCAGAAAAACCUGCCACUGGCCAGAAGAGCUUUGGGCACAUCCAUUGGCAAGUGUCCCAAAAAGAAACUGUUUAAAGACUACAUUGGAUUGGAGCUGCAGCUUCGGGAAUUUGACCGGUGCCGGAAACUUUAUGAAAAGUUCCUGGAAUUUGCCCCAGAACAUUGCCCUUCGUGGAUCAACUUUGCUGAGUUAGAGACAAUUCUUGGCGACAUCGACAGAACCCGGGCCAUCUACGAGUUGGCCAUUGGCCAGCCAGGCUUAGACAUGCCCGAGCUUCUCUGGAAAUCCUAUAUAGAUUUCGAAAGCCAGCAGCAACAAGGAUCUGAAAAAGCGAGAAGCCUCUACCGGAGAUUGCUGCAGCGGACACACCAUGUUAAGGUAUGGAUCAGUUUUGCCCAGUUUGAGCUAUCUGCAGAAAAUGAAGAAGCCUUAACUCGAUGCAGACAGAUUUAUGAAGAAGCCAACCAGACAAUGAGACAAGGCGAAGAGAAGGAAAAAAGACUCCUGUUGUUAGAAUCCUGGAGAAACUUUGAAGGUGAAUUUGGAACUCAAUCUCAAAAGGACAGAGUGGACAAACUCACUCCAGUGAGAGUUAAGAAGAGGAGAAAAGUACAGGCAGAAGAUGGGUCUGAUUCUGGCUGGGAAGAGUACUACCAUUACAUCUUCCCAGAUGAUGCAGCAAACCAGCCCAACCUCAAACUGUUGGCCACGGCCAAACUUUGGAAGGAACAGCAGCAGGAAGAGCACGCUGCCCAGUAAUACCCAGAACAAGACCUGGACCAGACAGAACCUUGA